AUGGUGAAAUCGGCGGCGGACGGGUCUUCGUCGUCUUCAGUGGCGCCGUUCCUGAGGAAAUGCUACGAGAUAGUUGACGAUUCUUCAACUGAUUCUAUAAUCUCAUGGAGUCCUAACGGCGAUAACAGCUUCGUUAUCUCUGACCCUAGCGUCUUCUCUGUUCAGCUCUUGCCCAAAUACUUCAAACACAGCAAUCUCUCUAGCUUCAUCCGCCAGCUCAACAUCUACGGCUUUAGAAAAGUGGAUGCAGAGCGUUAUGAGUUUGCGAACGACGGCUUUGUGAGAGGACAAAAGGAUUUGCUGAAGAAUAUCAUCCGGAGGAAGAACGUUCAAAGCAGUGAGCAUCAGAGCAAAGAUGUUCAAAGUGAUGCUUCUUCUCAGGAAAAGCCUGAGAAGAGCCGAUUGUGGAAAGAAGUUGAUACCUUGAAAGGAGACAAGAACGCAUUGGCGCAGGAGCUGAUCAAAGUCAGGCAGUACCAAGAGACGACAGACACUAAAAUGUCACACUUGGAAGACAGAGUUCAAGGAAUGGAAGAGAGCCAACAAGAGAUGCUUUCUUUUUUGGUGAUGGUCAUGCAGAAUCCGAGCCUCUUGGUUCAGUUGCUACAGCCGAAGGAGAAGAAAAGCUGGCGAAAGACGGAAGGAGGUGCGACGAUUGUGGAAGAAGUUACAGAUGAAGGAGAAUCAAACUCAAACGCAAACGCAAACGCAAACGUAACUGGUCUUCCUUUAGUAACAUACCAGCCACCAACUGAUGGAGCAGCAACAGGAGCAGCAAAGUCGAACACCAACGAUGUAAACGAUUUUUUGAGAAACGCGGAUAUACUGAAGUUCUGUCUUGAUGAGAAUCAUAUGCCAUUGAUCAUACCUGAUUUGUAUGAUGAUGGGGCGUGGGAGAAGCUUUUGUUGUUGAGUCCUUCGAAGAAGAAGAAGAAGGAUGUGAAGAAAGGGAAAGAUGAAGUGAUAUUGGAGGAGGAGGAAGAGGAUGGUGAUGGAAGAAUGGAGUUGGAUAAGAGUCGUAUGCUUGAGGUGAUAGAAGAAGAGAUGGAGAAAGCAGAUGACUUUGAAUUUGGACAGCUUAGUCCAGAGAGGUCUAGGAAUCUUGAGAUUCUUACGAAGCAGAUGAGGUUGCUUGCUUCAAAUGAAUAG